CUUCCCCGACAUGCCCUUAUCACUUCCUCGGAGUCCUCGAAUCAUCCUCGUCUCUCUGUCUCUGUCUCUCCCUCCGUCUCCUCGACCUCGGAUCGGAGGAUUUCAAGAACCAAUUUCUAUGGCGCUCUGCUGAUUCUUGCACCCCUCUUGGGAAGUGUCCUCCAGACAUGCUCUCCCGGAGCUGCUCCGGCGUCGCGAAACCCGCCUUCUUGCUCGCCGCCCACCAGGACCUCCCCGUCCGGCUCCCAUGGCGAACCAACCUCCCCCUGCCGGGUCGCCGCGACCGCCGAAUCUGGCAGGUCUCGCGGUCCCAGACCUCCGUCUCGGAGCGGAAUUCGCCCUCCGGGUCGGACGGUGGCCCGGCCGCGGCGGGGCCGAACAGGGUCCGGCUGGGCCGGAGGGAUAGGGGCUCCUCGUCCUCCUCCUCGUCCCUGUACAGCCGCCCCAGCUUGGCGGAGAUGAAGAGCGAGAGGAUGGAGAACCGCGCCAGGGUUUACGAGUUCCUCCGGGGGAUCGGGAUCGUCCCCGACGAGCUCGACGGGCUGGACCUUCCGGUCACGGCCGAGGUCAUGAGGGAGCGAAUCGAUUUUCUUCACAAUUUGGGGCUCACGAUCGAGGACAUCAAUAACUAUCCUCUCGUCCUGGGUUGCAGCGUGAAGAAGAACAUGAUUCCGGUGCUCGAUUACCUCGGCAAGUUAGGCGUCCGGAAGUCGACGCUGGUCGAGUUUCUGAGGAGGUAUCCCCAGGUUCUCCACGCGAGUGUCGUGGUCGACCUGGCUCCGGUGGUUAACUACCUCCAAGGUAUGGACAUUAAGCUGAACGACGUUCCUCGCGUUCUCGAAAAGUACCCGGAAGUUCUGGGGUUUAAGCUUGAGGGGACUAUGAGUACUUCGGUUGCUUACUUGGUCGGGAUUGGUGUCGGUAGAAGAGAGAUUGGGGGUGUUCUGACUAGAUAUCCAGAGAUUUUAGGGAUGCGAGUGGGCCGCGUGAUUAAGCCCUUUGUGGAGUAUCUUGAAUACUUGGGCAUUCCGAGAUUAGCUGUGGCUAGAUUGGUAGAGAAGAGUCCUCACUUACUUGGGUUCGGAUUAGAGGACACGGUAAUUCCCAAUGUGGAGUCGCUGUUAGAAUUUCAUGUCAGGAGGACAUUGGUUCCCUCGGUUGUUGUGCAGUAUCCUGCGAUUAUAGGGAUUGAUUUGAAGCCUAAGCUUCUGAAUCAGCGGUCUUUGCUUGGUUCAAUAACCGAGUUGAGUGAUGAAGAGUUCGGCAGAGUUGUCGAGAGGAUGCCACAGGUUGUCAGCCUCAGUAAUAUUGCUGUGGUGAAGCAUGUGGACUUUCUCAAGGAUUGCGGAUUUUCGUUGCAACAAGUUAAGGAUAUGGUUGUUGGGUGUCCUCAGCUGCUAGCCUUGAAUAUAGAUAUAAUGAAGUUCAGUUUCGAUUACUUUAGUAAAGAAAUGGGACAACCUUUGGAGGACUUGGUCGCUUUCCCAUCAUUUUUCACUUAUGGUCUCGAAUCCACUAUAAAACCACGGUACAGAAGGAUUGCUAAGAAGGGUUUAAAAUGUUCUCUUGCCUGGCUGCUCAACUGUUCUGAUGAGAAGUUCAAGGAAAGGAUGGAUUAUGACAGUAUUGAUCUGGAAGAAAUGGAUGCAUUGCCAUCAUUCGAUAUGAAUAGGUUUAUGAAAUCUAGGAGUGAUGGUGAAUCAGAGUCUGACUAUGAUGACGAGGAUGAUGAGGAGUUUGUCUGAUAUAAUGUUAAAUUCAGGUGGUUAUCUGCAGGAAAAGCCGGAGGUCUUCUCCUCCUUAACUCUUCUGAGUCGGACCUGUUCAAGCAAGAUAUGGCUACUGCUCCUUGUUGGCAUUUAGUUUUGCUAUCAUAAGUGAAGAAAUUGCAGCAGCCGGAAACGACGCCACGGAUCAAAAGAUGUGUGCACAAAAUUCUCUUCCAGCCUAUGUUUGUCAUUGUAGAGAUGAGCAUUGUACCUGUUUAUCUUGUGAAAUUGUCAGCUACUUUGAGGGUACUACUGCUUGAGAGGCCCUUGGCUUUCGACGUCAAAGGACAUACUGUAUGCAUUCCUGUAUGCUCAAUUUUCCGACAGUUCUAAGUGCUAAAUGUCGAUUUGAGGAACUAACUAUUGGCUGUUUUUACAUGUACACAACUUAUCUGAAUAUAGACACCGGUUCUUCGGGGGUUUGCGCCGAUGUAUCCAUUGAUUUCUGUCGAUAAUUAUUAAUUUUUCUUUUA